AUGAAAUCCCCGUUUAGAGGAAUUGCAGAGGAUAUUAGAGGAAGACUAUCGUGCUAUAAACAAGAUUGGAUUGCUGGAAUUCGGCCUGGAAUAAGGAUAUUGGCUCCAACCACUUAUAUAUUUUUUGCUUCUGCACUUCCUGUCAUUGCUUUUGGAGAGCAACUUAGUAGAGAUACAGAUGGAAGCUUGAGCACCGUGGAGACAUUGGCUUCAACCGCUAUAUGUGGCAUCAUACACUCAAUAGUUGGUGGACAACCUCUUAUGAUACUUGGAGUUGCAGAACCUACUAUUAUAAUGUACACAUACUUGUACAGUUUUGCCAAAGGCAGACAAGAUUUGGGGCAGCAACUCUUCUUGGCUUGGGCUGGAUGGGUAUGCACAUGGACAUCUCUACUGUUGUUUCUUAUGGCAAUUUUUAAUGUUAGCGAUGUUAUAAGUAAAUUUACAAGGAUUGCAGGAGAAACUUUUGGCAUGUUAAUUUCAGUUCUUUUCAUCCAAGAAGCUAUCAAGGGACUGGUAAGCGAGUUCCAAAUACCCAAAUCUGAGGACCCAACUUCAGUUAACUAUCAUUUUGAGUGGCUUUACACUAACGGCUUGCUAGCAGUUAUAUUUUCCUUUGGCCUUGUCUGUACUGCUUUACAAAGUAGAGGAGCUAGAUCGUGGUCGUAUGGAACAGGAUGGUUUAGGAGUUUUAUAGCUGACUACGGGGUUCCAUUAAUGGUUGUAGUGUGGACAGCACUCUCUUUCUGUGUACCAAGUGACAUCCCGUCUGGUGUCCCUAAAAGGCUCUUUAGCCCACUUUUAUGGGAUUAUGAAUCUUUAUAUCAUUGGACUGUAAUCAAGGACAUGGUUAAGGUUCCUCUGUUGUAUAUCCUGGCUGCUUUCAUCCCAGGUGUUAUGAUAGCCGCACUAUAUUUCUUCGACCAUAGCGUUGCUUCACAAAUGGCACAACAAAAAGAAUUCAAUCUCAAGAAUCCAUCUGCGUAUCAUUACGACAUUUUCCUUCUUGGAUUUAUGACAUUGCUGUGUGGACUAAUCGGAUUACCCCCUUCAAACGGCGUUUUACCUCAGUCACCGAUGCACACUAAAAGUCUAGCGGUUCUUAAACGACAGAUUUUCAGGAAUAAGAUGGUGGAGAGUGCCAAUGAAAGCAUCAAGCAGAAAGCUAGUGAUUCCGAAAUCUACGACAACAUGCAACGAGUGUUUGUAGAACUUGACAACUCACAAAUCACAGCUGUAAUCGUUAAAGAAUUAAAAGGCUUGCAAGAUGCAGUCAUGAGUGUAGAAAAAGGAGGCAAAAAGACAAAGGAGCAGUUUGAUCCUGAGAUGCAUAUUGAGGCAUAUUUACCAGUCCGGGUCAAUGAACAAAGAGUCAGCAACUUUCUACAAUCAAUUCUUGUAGCAGUAUCCAUUUGUGCCAUGCCCCUAAUCAAAUGGGUACCAACCUCGGUUUUGUGGGGCUAUUUUGCUUAUAUGGCCAUCGACAGUCUCCCUGGGAACCAAUUCUGGGAAAGAGUGUUGCUUCUUUUUGUUCCUGAUGGACGUCGAUACAAGGUUCUUGAAAAGGAUUAUGCUUCUUAUGUUGAGACCGUGCCAUUUACAACCAUAGCAACAUUCACCAUCUUCCAGUUCGUCUAUUUCCUGGCAUGUUAUGGCGUUACAUUGAUCCCAGUUGCGGGCAUUCUCUUUCCUGUUCUGUUCUUCAUUCUCAUCAUUGUAAGACAAUACAUUCUACCAAAAGUGUUUCUUCCGCACCAUUUGAGCGAAUUGGAUGCAGCUGAGUAUGAAGAAAUCACCGGUGGUCCAUCAGAACCUCUGUUAGCAUAUUGCUAGAAAAAUCCUAUUAAUUAAUCAUGUCAUACAUUGAUGACCUUGUUGAAAAGAAAUGUAACGCCGUAUGUAUGUUUCUUGCUAUUCAAUGAACUUCAAAAUUUU